GUAAUAGAGUCGUGAGAAAAAAUAGAAUAGUCACAUGAUACUAGAUUGGCAGUAUAUAGAGAAAGAGAGUCAAGAGUGAAUGUCAAGAGUGGCAAGGGUCGUCAAGAGAUGUUUUGUGAUAUUUUUCGUUAGGAUAAAAGAAUACAACUAUCAUACUAGAAAAAGUAGCGUGGUGUCGUCGUGUUGAUUGCUGAAAGUCGUUUUGUGAUGCAAGAGAACAAGAUGUAGUUUGUUUGCGCUAGUUGUACAGGAGAGAAGGCGCAGUUUUGAAGAUAUUGAGAAAUCCUAGUGAGAUGAAAUUUUUGAAAUGAUUGACACCAGGAGAGACAGAACAAGCAUGUUUUGACUAAAGUAGAAUUACCAAGCAGGAAGAGUUUUCUGAAAGUUUUUUCAGGAGAAGAAUGUAACUAGAAGUACCAAGCAUUAAGUACAAGCACCAAGCAGGAACAAGUGUUUUUUAUUUAAGAGCGAUCUUCGCCUCUGCGACCACGGGC